AUGUCCGUUGAACGCUCAGACUACUUGACGCCUAAGGACCAUUCGGUCUCCAGUGACGCAUCUUCGACAGAUUCGAUUAAUUCCCCAUUACAAACCGAGCCUCGUGCCCCAAUAAGGAAUUCAGUUGAAACAGGAGCUGAAGACACACUCAGAACCCUUCAGAACGCGACUGAAGCCCUGUUGCCUAUGAUUGACAUUUUGGCCGGCGUCUGUCAGGACUUAGGAGCUUUGGCUCCGUACCUGACGGAUUUAGGCCAAAUUUUGCGCAGGAAUACAGCGCAUGUUUCAAGAUCAGACAACACGAUCUUCGAUUCUGAGCCAGCGGCUUUCCACGCGACGUCUAACCUGUCCGACCCUCGCGAAUCUCCACGUGCCAGACAAAAGCCCGUCAACAACUUGACCGAUCCAUCGGCAUUCGAGAUCGUCCCGGAAAAAAAGCCUUCCAGCAGGCAAUCCGGUAAGACUGGUACUCGACUCACUUCCAUGGUGGACAGUGAGGGCUCAGAUUCCGAGUCUACGGGAUCUUCUGCCCCGCUGAUAACGAAACGACAAAAGACAAACCGGGUGCAAAGCUCUAUUCUUCAUUAA